CAGGUGCUAUAUUGAGCACUUUGCAUGCAUUAUUCCUUUUUAAUCCUUACAACAAAGCUUUGAGGUGAUACUAUUAUUAUCCUCUUUUUUGUUUUGUUUAAAUGAGGAAACUGCAGGCUAGAGAGAUUAACCAGCCCAAAGUUAUACAGUUGGUAAGUGGUGUAGCUAGAAUUUAAACCUAAUUUGACUUGUACUCUAUAUUGCAAGGAAGUGAAUUUGAAAUAGUGUAGGUUGGACUUUAAAGAUACUGUUUACUACUGAGAGCAAAGAGAAAUAGCUAACGUUGAAAACUUAGAGUAAGCCAGAAAUUUUUCUAAGCAGUUUACAUUUAUUGACUCAUUUGAUACUCAAUAUAACUCUACCUGGAGAUACUGAUAUUAUCCUGUUUAACAGGUGAGGAAGCUGAGGCACAGAGACAUUAAAUAACUUGAUCAGGGUCACACAGCUAGCAAAUUCUGAAGCCAGGUUUCAGACCUAAGCAGUUGAUUUCCAGACUUUCUGCUUUUAACCCCUACAUCAUACUGCCUCUCACUAACUGGUUUCCUUCAAGCAGAAUGGUACCUUUCUACUUUCCUCCAUCAAAAUGUGCACUUUGGAACCCAAUGCCAGUUGGAGAUUUCAUCUACUUACAUCUUAAUUACUACAGAAAUCCAAAGCUUGUGGUAACCGAAAAGGCCAUCCGACUUGCUUGUCGUCAUGCUAAGCAGAAUAAAAAAAACUUGCCAUGUUUUUUACUUGGUUCUCUCACAGUAGAUGAAGAUGAAGAAAGUGUAACGUUGACAGUAGAUCGUUUUGAUCCUGGUCGAGAAGUACCUGAAUGCUUAGAAAGAACCCCUACUGCUUCUCUUCCUGGGGACUUUGUGAUUCCAUGUAAAAUUCAUACUCAAGGACUUUCUUCAAGAGAAAUAAUAGUUCACAGUUCAGAUGACUUCAGUUCAGCUUUUAAGGCUCUGGAGCACCAUGUGUGUAGCAAAGAUUCCUUGGAUUGUGGUAAACUGCUCUCCCUCAGAGCUCACGUCACUUCCAGGGAGAGUCUGGACAGUGUGGAUUUUGACUUGCACUGGGCAGCAGUAACUCUAGCAAAUACCUUUAAAUGCACACCUGUGAAGCCCAUCCCCAUUAUUCCAACAGCUCUGGCGAGAAACUUGAGCAGUAGUCUGAAUAUUUCUCAAGUUCAAGGUACCUAUAAAUAUGGAUAUCUUACCAUGGAUGAAACACGCAAAUUGUUACUUCUGCUGGAAUCUGAUCCCAAGGUUUAUUCUCUACCAUUGGUGGGAAUUUGGCUGUCUGGAAUUAUACAUAUCUAUAGUCCUCAGGUAUGGGCUUGCUGCUUGCGAUACAUGUUCAGUACUUCUAUUCAAGAAAGGGUUUUUUCAGAAUCUGGAAAUUUCAUUAUUGUUCUCUAUUCUGUGACACAUAAGGAUCCUGAGUUUUAUGAAUGCCUCCCUUGCGAUGGCAGGUUAUCUGACCUUCGAUUCCAGCUACUAACCAGCAGGGAAACACUACAUCUUUUCAAAAAUGUUGAACCUUCUGACAAAAAUCCAAUCUGUUUUGAAUUGAGUCCUGGGUGCCAAAAUGCAGAAACAGAGUUUUUCAAUAAAGUUUCGAAGAAUCUUUCAAUUAAGAGGUCCUCUCAAAAGUCAUCUCUAGGGAAAAUGCCAAUAAAUGAUCACGACUCUGGUGUUGAAGAUGAAGACUUUUCUCCAAGACCAAUUCCUAGUCCUCAUCCAGUAAGUCAAAAGAUCUCUAAGAUCCAACCAUCGGUUCCUGAACUUUCACUUGUGUUGGAUGGCAAUUUCACAGAAUCAAACCCUCUGCCUAACCCAUUGGCAAUGGUGAAUAAUGAAAAUCCUCCUUUGUUGAUUAACCACUCUGAACACUUGGAGCCGUUGCAACCCCAGCUUUAUGAUGAGAAACACAACCCAGAAGCUGAAGCUGGAGAGCCUUCCUUGAGAGAGCUACCAAAUCAUUUAAACCAAGGCAUUGCUCCUUUGAGACACUGCAAAGUAAGACAGCCAUCUGUCUGUAAGAAAGGGAACCCCCAUAUCAGGAACAGUGUUAAACCAACUUCUCUUGAUGGGCCAUCUCCUGAUACAUCUGAAAAGCUUCAAACAGUUUCUGCUGGAAAUGUACACAAAGAAGAGUAUCCUUUAAGAUCCUCCACAUUUAAUUCCAGGCAGUCUUCUCUUGCCUCUCAGACCUACCCACACAAUUUUGUUUUUUCACCCCAUAAUUCAGGAAGACCAAUGGAACUUCAGAUACCGACUCCCCCCACACCAUCUUACUAUUCCACAAAUGUUUGCAGUUGUUGUCAGCAUCAUGGCCAUGUUCAAUAUAGUCCAAUAAAUUCUUGGCAAGGAAUGAAUACAGUAGGAUCUGUUCAAGACCUCCAGUCUGAAGCCCUUCAGAAACACUCACUAUUUCACCCAAAUGGAUGUCCAGCUCUGUACCAUAAUGCAUUCUAUUCUUCCAGUAGUCCUAUAGCCUUGAGACCUCAGGGAAGCAUGGGUGGUUGUUCUCCCCACGGCAAUGCAGAACCAUCGCCUGUGGCAAGACUCCCUUCGCAUGUGGACUCAUGUAACCCACGGCCUUGUGCAGUAUGCAUGCACACACCCAAGACUGGGUCAGAUAAUGGAAUGAUGGGACUAUCUCCGGAUGCAUAUAGGUUCCUCACAGAACAAGACAGACAGCUGAGACUACUUCAGGCACAGAUUCAGCGUUUGUUGGAAGCACAGUCUUUGCAGCCCUGUUCCCUUAAGACAACCACUGUUGAAGACACGGUGCAAGCUGCAAGCCAAAUGGAGUUGGUUUCCAUGGAAGCACGGUCUUCCCCUGAUUUGCACAUGAGAAAAAGUGUAAGCAUUGCUGUGAGCACAGGUGCCAGCCUGUUUUGGAAUGCAGCAGGUGAUGAUCCAGAGCCGGAAUCUCAGCUGAGGCAAGAUGACACCAAGAUUUCCAGUGAGGACAUGAAUUUUUCUGUUGAUAUUAAUAAUGAAGUCACAAGUACUCCGGGUAGUGCAUCUUCAUUGAAAGCAGUUGAUAUUCCCAGUUUUGAAGAGAGCAACGUUGCUGUGGAAGAAGAAUUUAACCAGCCACUUUCUGUGUCCAACUCUUCUCCAGUUGUGACAAAAGAACCUGAUGUGCCUGUGUUCUUUCCGAAUUCCGUGCUGGCAGAGAGUGUAAGCAUGUGCUUACACAGUGGACCAACAGAGGGUGCUAAUAACAGCUCUGUAACAUCAGGGGAACCACAAAUUGAGCAAGUAACGCAACCUUUGCCUCAUCAACCAUCAGAUAACCAGAAAAUAUACCAGGAUUUAUUGGGUCAAGUGAACCACCUAUUGAAUAAGUCAGUCUGUGAAGAGACUGAGCAGCCAUCUACCACAGCAGUAGUUAUCAGCCACGAAUGCACCAGAACCCAAAAUGUUUACCAUACAAAGAAAAAAAAACAUGAUUCAGGACUGGUGGACAAAGAUUGUGUUCUUAAUGCAACCCUUAAGCAACUAAGAAGCCUUGGAGUAAAAAUUGAUUCUCCCACUAAAAUCAAGAAAAAUGCACAUAAAGUAGAUCAUGCCAGUGUGUUGGCACGCAUCAGCCCUGAAGCAGUGAUCUCUGGAUUAAACUACAUGUCAUUUGCUAAUGUUGGCAUGAGUGGUUUAAGCCCCAGUGGUAUGGAUUUGAGCAUGGAGGCAAAUGCUAUAGCUCUGAAAUAUUUAAAUGAAAAUCAGCUUUCACAACUGUCUCUUACUCGAUCAAACCAAAAUAACUGUGACUCAUCUUUUAGCUUUCUACAUAUUAACACAGACAGAAGCAGUGUGGGGCUUAGUUUAAUUUCACCAAACAAUAUGUCAUUUGCAACCAAAAAAUAUAUGAAGAGAUAUGGACUCAUACAAAGCAGUGACAAUAGUGAAGAUGAAGAGGAGCCUCUGACCAACACAGACAGCAAGAGUGAACAUUUAUUGAAUCAAAACCUUACAUCCAUACCUGAACAACUUGAUCGUCAGCAAGAGCCCUCUAGGAACGGCUGUGAGAUAAUUAAUUGUUAUAGCUGUGAAUCUGUGGGCACCCCCCCAGAUAUGCCAGUAUUGAGAAAUAUUACAAAUGAAGUUCUUCAGCUAAAAGCAGCACAGCAGUUGCAUGAAAACCCAGCAUUCUUUUUAAAGAACCUUAAACCAAGUCCCGCAGCGAACCUCCGAACUGGAAAAGCAGAGUUUACCCAACAUCCUGAGAAAGAAAAUGAAAGGGACGCUCCACUUUUUCCUGAAAGUUUAAAACCUUCUGAAACUUUAAAGCAAAUGAAUAGUAUGAAUUCAGUAGGCACCUUCUUAGAUGUAAAGCGUCUCAGACAGUUGCCAAAAUUAUUUUAAACCUUUAACUCCCCACCCUCCUGACAUGAGGACAGGCUGUCUCCUGAAGAUCCUGAGGGAAGCCGGAGCCUUUGGUGCUUUGGGAUCCUAGUCACUGUAGGGUCUCUCUCUUUCUUGGUAGCAGCUGAUUGCAAAGAGCUGAACAAGUGACCUCAUUGUCUAUGAGAUGGCUGGCUAGUAGGAGGGCUAAGUUCCCUUUGUUCAAAUAGAGCUGUUCGGCAUCACUGAAACCUUUUUUAAAAAACCAAAUCCUGAGAUCAGUUAUUUCAACAAAUUUAGGUAAACAGAUACUAUCCAACUCUGAAUCCCAACUGCUCUCUUAUACUGUACGUUUUGAAAAGUCCGUUUUCCUAGCAUGUUGCAUCUCUGCAUCUACCAAGUCACCUAAAAGAACGUAAGGUUAUCAUGACGCUGACUAAAUUAGCUAAAUGAACCCUUAUUGAAUUUAAGGGACAAGUUGUCUUAUUUAGAAUACCUUAAGGUCUUUUAUACAAGGAGUGUAUAUGUCCUCUUAAUUAGGGCGCAUAUUAAGUUCUGUGGCAGUAGAACUUUUGCAGACUGGUGGGUUGAUGUUAAUAUAACAUUUUCAACAUAUCUAUCACAGGAUAAGAAAAUUAUUGUGUGUGUGUUUUAUAAAC